AUGGUGACAACGAGAUCAAAAGCGGCACCCUCUACGUCCGGAGUUAUAUCAGACACUUGGGAGAUUGAACCUGUCAAGGUCGCAUUUACGCAUAGAGACUGGGAGAAGUACAUUACUGGCACUCUGUGCCCGCAAGUGUGCAAGCAGUUGUGGGUUGCUGUCGGAGACUCUCCUCCGCGGAUGGAGUUCUAUAAACUACUUUUGUACGAAAAAGGUUCCCAUUUCUUGCCUCAUCAAGAUACACAAAAAGCAAAUGGGAUGUUCGCCACCAUCAUCAUCCUUUUGCCAUCCAAAUACACCGGCGGCCAGGUUGUGGUUUCACACGCGUCGAAGACUAAGACUAUAGACUUCGCUCCAGAUUCUUUAUAUUCGUCUGCACUGCUCGCCUGGUAUACUGAUGUCAAGCACGAAGUCAAGCCUGUUAAAUCUGGCUACCGACUCGCGCUCUCGUACAACCUCAUUCACACCGCACCGCCUGAGGUUCCACAACCAUGCCUACCUGACAUGAGCGACUCUGUCUAUGCCCUUCGACGUGUUCUGCGAAAAUGGAAGGAUGGAAGAUACCAGAAUAUGCCCGAACCUCCCCUCGUCGCGUACCUACUCGACCAUCAGUACAGCACCGCAAAUCUCCAACACGGCCACAAAGCCCUGAAAGGUGCAGACGCGCACCGUGUGUCAUUCCUGCGCGAUAUUGCUAAAGACCUGGGGUUCAUAGUCGGCCUUGCUAGUCUGACGUACAACGUCACCGGUGCUGCAGAUGAUGACGGCGCAGACUACUACCGUCGUCGUGCACGAUGCUACUCUGACAGCGAGGAGGAGGGCUUCGGAAGAGGAGGAAGAAAAUUUCCAAGCAUGGAGGAAGAGGGGUAUGCGAGAUCCAGCGUCUCGGGACUGGUGGACUUGAAUGGGUCUUUGCUGCUUCCUGGUAGCCAGGUCAAAAUCACACUCUCGGAUGAUGCGUUAAUACCGAGGGAUGCGUUCGAGGAUGUGAAACCUGAUAAAACUGAGUAUGAGGGGUAUAUGGGUAAUGGGGCUGGACAGUUGGAUUAUUGGUAUCAUAGGACCGCAUUAGUUCUAAUGUCCGCCAGUGAGGUCGACAAUAUGUACUUCUCCAUAGCCGGCCUUUCUUAUGCCUUCGGCAAGCUUGGAAACUCGACGGCCAAGCCUACUCAAGAAGACAAGCUUUGGGCAAGCCGGAUUCUCGAAAAGGGCUCGUCUCUGAAUAAAGAACAAGCCAUUGCCAUGUUCGACUACGCAUUGAAGUGGAAAGAUGCGGAAAUGUGGAGGACGGUCAUGAAGUGCCCUGUCUGUACACUGGAAGCAUUGGAUGAAAGCAGGCUGAAGCAGGCAUGGAAGGUGUUUUCGUUCAAAGUGGUUUCCCUCGGCUUCGAAGAGUUCCUAGCUCGCUCGAAGGGUUUCCAUGAACGGGUCAAUUUUAUCUACAACCUCGAGGCGCAUGCGUCAAAAAAGGAGGCUGCCGCGGUAUCUAAGUGGUACCCAAAGGAUGUUCCUCUCAUCAUGAAUAUUAUUGAUGCCAGCGGUCUUGAUACCUUUGUGAAUAUUAUAAUGCCGACCCUGACCGCAAAACAAAGUUCCUAUGCUUUCUGGUUAGCAAUGAUUAAGGCAUUGCGUACCGAGAAAAGGGAAAUCUCGGAGAAAUAUCCUGUUGCAACUGACGCUACACUGACGCUAACCAACACAGCGCCAAGCAGUCCUUCAUCGAAUACAGCUGAAGCAAACGCGCAACCAUACAAGACACCAUCUGGAGGGACUGCCCUCGACGAAGCCAUCAAAGGCAGCCUUCAAGCUGCCCUCCCCCAAGUCAUCGAACUCCUCGAAAUGACCUUGGUUAAUGGCGACCUCGACACCUGCACCCAGCUCUUUGUCAACGUCUUCUGUUACCGUGGGAGUUCUGUCGACAACUUCAGACAGAUCUACAACUAUCUCAUCCCUCGCCUCAAAUCAUUCCUCGAAUCAAGAAAUAUCGACGUAUGCACUCCUCCGUUCGUGGACGUGUUUCGGGUCCUUGUUGGCAGAUACCUACGAGACGUUCUUGGAACGAAGACCCCUCUCGCGGGAGGCAACAUUCAGCAUUUACGGUGCGGAUGUGCUACUUGCACCCCUCUUCACCAAUUUUUGUUGAACCCAUCUUCGCGGGUCACGGAUAUCAAGAUGACGAAAACCCGCCAGCACCACUUGGAGUCCCAGAUUGCUGCUGCCUCUGAUCUGUUUACAGCCGUUCGAAUACAGAUGGGUAAAUUUCCAGACAUGCGAGUGACGAAGCGGCCUGCAGUUGUCGAGACAGGUCUGUGGCUGGCACGUCAGCAAGCUGCGCGACGUUUUCUGUCGACUGUUGGAUCAGAUCAGUUGGUCCAGAAGAUCAAGGGCACGCGUUAUCCUGAUGUCGUCAGAGCCAUUAACGGAACGAAGGUAUUCGACUCGGUACAAUCGACCCUCAGUAAGCCGGCUGUCUCUGCUUGGGCAGCGCUUGUAGCACAAGCAGCAGCGUUCAUUCCCCGGCAGGAUGCUGAGGAGGCUUCUGAGUCGGCAACGGAGGAGGAAAUGGACUCCGGCUCUGAGCUGCCGCAACCUGGGCUGUCAAGACCCGUGUAUGCCAGGACUAAGCAAACUGCUGUCAAGCAUACAGUCGGUGCUGCCCGUAGUGCUGUGCCUAGUCAAUUGGCUGGUCAGAAACAAAAGAGUGGUCCUGUGAACUUGGGUCCAGCCUUCAUUGAUCUUACAGAAGAGGCCACUGAUUAA